AGGUGCAGACAAUUCAUCGGAUUCCGAGGAAGAGGACAACUCGGGAGAGUGGCGGCCCUUGAAACUAAAGACCAGCCAGAGCCGUGGUUGGCGUGUGUCCGUCUCCAACUAUAGUGCCCCCAUCAUUCCGUAUCUCCAGGUGAGCUUCCACAAGCAGCUGCCCAAGACGGAGGCCCCCAAGGAUCCCUCGGCUCAAGCCGAAGCCGCAGCCGACCGCGCGAAGCCACUUCUGGCGCCCUUCGUGCUCCUGCCGGAUCUGGUCUUCAGCGUCAAGGACGAAUUUUCCGGGGACGAUCUGGGCAGCGUUUGCGUGAUGCUCCCUGUGAACCAUCGCCACCUGUCGGUGGCCAAGCAGAUGUCUGAAGCCUUGAGAUUGUGCAGCGUCAAGGAGCAAACAGUCCCACAGGACUCCGAGCAGCUGGCGCUGGUGAAGGGCGAAGUGGUCGAGGUCCUGCACCGCGACAUCUCCGGCUGGAGCUUCGGGCGCCAGGUGCUGCCGGAUGGCGGCCUGAAGGAGGGAUGGUUCCCCGACUGGGCCUCUGAGCGCCUCUUCUCCGACGAGCUUUGGGUGGAGCAAAGCGUGCGGGAGUUCCAGUCCCUGGAGGACCGCCUCAGGUGCCUGCCCCGCAUUCCGCCCCAGCCAGACCACGGCUCUGUCUAUGACAUCUAUGUGGACGUCUUCGCGGCGGCGAGUGGGGAGCUGAUGUGGAACGAGGACUUCCACGUGGACAAGAGCCUUACACAGCAGCACCUCUUCACCAUCCAAGGCAAGGACGACACCCCGGUGUUGCAGUACUUCAACCCUGCGGACUGGAUGCUGGGGGACCGGCGCAGUGCAGAUGAAUGCUUCGAUCAUCGGGUCACACCCAUUCUCACCUGCAAGGACCGAACCCAAAAGUUGCCUUUGGGACCAAGCAGCUUGGGGUUGCAUCAUCCGAGCUUCAAGCAUGUGUGGGCGCUCGCCGAAUGCUCUACGCGGGACAUGAAAUUGAUGGCUGAGCAGAAGGGCUACCGCGUGGUUUCGCAUCAGCAUGUCCCAGAGUUCGGCCUUGGCCCGAACAUGUCCCUCUCCAAGAACUUGCACACCUUCGUCAGGGAAAUCGGGCACUUGAUCAAGCCGGAGACUGACCGAGACUCCAAGAUCCUGGCGAGAUUCAAACUCGAGCCUCCGAGUCACCUGGAGAAGCGGCAGAGGGCCAGGAAGGACGUGUCUCUGCGGGACGAUGAAGGUCUGAUUUGGCGCUUUGUCAUUGAGCCCUUGGGCACGAUGAGCGUCUUGAAAGAAGGCGUCUUUGUCACCCGCAUCCCGCUGCACAUCGGAGUGGAGAUCAGGAAGAAGCCGGAUCAAUCCUGGGUCAUGUCCUUGGGCCACGGCGUCGACUUGAGCCUUCUGCCCUCGCAGCGAGCCAAGCUGGAGCUUUUGAUCAAGUUGAUGGAGGAAGAGCCGGAAGGGGAGCAAGCGGAGUCGACCUCCAUCCUGGUAGUGCGCUUUCAGCGUGAGGGAGAGGUGGUGUGGGUCGCCCCGGCCUCGGUGACGCGCUGGCCGGCGCCGGGGCAGGUGCUGCUGGUGGUGAAGCUGGCGGGCUCGGAUAACCUCGUGCCCGUGAGGGUGCCCAGCUUCGACCUUCGCUAUGAGAUGGAGACGACCUGGUAUCCUUGCAAGACUCUUGUUGGUGGCGGAGAGUUCAAGAAGAAAGUGGAGAAAGAAGUGGCGCGGAAAGCUUUGAAGGGCAAGGCAAAAGCAAAGAGCAAGCCGAAGACGACCCUCUUCGACUGCGACGGCUAUUCGCAAGGCAUCUUCGUGGCGAAGCAUGCCUUCGUGUGCCGCAUCAUGAAGCGGGAGGGCUACGAGAAGUUCGACCGUGAGCGCAGCAAGAGCUGGUAUCGCUCCGUGCUCUCAGAUGCCUUCCCUGAGAUCGCCUCGCUGCCGGAGCAAAAAGCAGGAGAUGAUGAGCUGGUGAAGCACGCCUUCCUUUCCAGAUGCAUGAACAUGAGACGUGCCCUGAGCCUCGAUGACAAUGAGAUGAGCAUGUUGAAGGGGCACAUUACUGUGGAGGCCGCUAAGGAGGGCCCUGACGAGACUCAGUCGGUGCACAUGACGCCGGUGCAGAAUUUGUGGCUGGCCAGAUCCUUUGCCGUGAGCAUCUACAUCCUCACCGCCCGCGGCUUCAUGGAUUUGAACAAGCCCUACCUCAAGGUGGGCAUCUUGGGCCAGCCCGAGACCCGCGUGGAGGUGACCUUGUGCCACGAGAGCGGCACGGCGUGCGACAUCUACAAGCGCGCGACCUUGGACGUGCAGCUGCCCGGCCAGGCUGUGAUGGUGCUGGAGCUCUGGGACGAAACCCUCACCUCCGAGGAGAAGGUGGGGGAGGCCCGGCUGGACUUGGAGGACCGGCACUUGGCGCUGCUGCACCGCCAGCUCCGGGAGGCCACCAACCCAGGCUGGAUCAAGCAGAACAUGUCGCCCGCCAAUCCCAUCGAGGUGGAGUGCAAGCCUGUGCCUCCCGUCGGGAGCAAUUGGAUUGAGCCGCAGGAGCCUCAGGUGAUGGCCAGGACCCAUCAAGACUGGAAGACCUUCCAUCCCGGUAUGAAGGAGGACGCGCGGGCCUUCGCUCCGCGGCUGGGCCCGCCGAAGCUGGCGCCCAUCGAGGCGCUGGAGCUCUUUGCGGAGAACCGGCGGAAGGGGACCAUCAGGACGUGGAUCGACCUUUUCCCGAGCGGCGAGCUGAUACCUGAGCUCCAGUUUGCGGACAAGAAUCCCCACCAGUUUGAGAUACGCAUCAAGGUGAUCCAGGUGGAUGGGAUCUCCGUCUUCAAGGACUUCGGGGAACGGAAUGACGUCUACCUCCACGGGGAGCUCCACCUGAAGUGCGUGGGCAAGCAAGAGCAGACCCUUGUGGAGGACACGGACGUUCACAAAUACGCCCGGCGCUUCGCAUCCUUCAACGAGUGCUGGAGCUUUACGGUGCACGCGCCAACCCAAUUCUGCACACUGAGCUUGGAACUCAGAGACGAUGACACUGUCAGCGGGAGUGAUCCUCUCUACGCGCGGAAGCAUUUGGCCCUCGAGCCCGUGGUCUUUGGAGCGUAUGCCAACUACUUGCAGGGCUUGCCAUCUGCAGGUACCUUGAAGCACGAAGUGAUCUUUGACUCUUACCCCAACGGACAGGUCAAGUCCUGGACAAGGUGCUUCUGCUGUCGGAGGUUCAAGGCCAAGCCGGCGCCGGCCACCCUGUCGCUGGAGAUCUGCGUGCUGAGCCGCCGGGAGGCGGAGGAGCGGCCGAUGGAGCGGCAGUUUGCGGAGCCCAAGGGCCGCAUCACCACGGCCACGAUGAUUUUCCAGCCCGGGGAGUUUUUGGGCAUCGUCCUCGGGCCCAGCAACGUGGCUCGCCUAAGGCGCUGCUGCUGUAUCAGUGCUAUUACUCUUGUUUUGCUGGUGGGACUUGCUAUCGCGUACCUGAUCAUUCAGGGCUUUGUCGUUCCCUUGAAAUGAGCGGUCAAGAAAAAUGUCAGUCAA